UCUCGCCGGCCGCUGCGCUCGGCGGCGCGGAAUAGAAUGAACUGUAACAAAACAAGUCGAGCCUUUGUAUCUGCUUAAAGGGGCCGCAGGCACUUCCCUCCUGUCCCCCCCCAACCCCCGCUCGGCAACCGCGUCUCCAGGGCUCCCAGCAACUGGCUGGAAGGGCUUCCCUCACCCUCAGGAACAGCCCGCCAGCGAGGAAAGGCGAGCCAGGCGGGAGGCAAAGAGGAGACACCGCAUUUCUAAGAGGCAAGAAAGGAAGGAAGGGAGGGAAAAAAAAAAAAAAAUAACCCAAGCGGCGCUGAGUGGACUCUGGUCCGGGAGAGAACGAUCGGGCGCCGGAACGUGGACCGAGAAGCACCGGAAUGCAAACAAAGCUCACGGGCGCCAGUGCAGGGCUCGCGGGGAAGCUCAGAAAGUUUGUUUUAUGAUGGCUUGAGUGCGCGAGUGUGUGCAGGGGAGCGAGGCUGCCAAGUUUCUCUCCCGUUGCGUUAUUUUGGGGGAGACGUCUCUCCCAUGAACGAGCGGAGGCUUGGGGGCUUGUGCUGUGGGGGCACCUGUCUCUCAUUGUAUUAUUUUUUUUGUGUUGGGGUGGGGAGGAGGGGUGUAACCCAUCAUGUCGAGAGUGAUCCAGAAGAAGAACCACUGGACUAGCAAGGUUCACGAAUGCACCGUAAAGCGGGGACCCCAGGGUGAGCUGGGGGUGACGGUGCUGGGGGGCGCGGAGAAUGGGGAGUUUCCAUAUGUCGGAGCGGUGGCCGCGGCCGAAGCAGCGGGGCUUCCCGGCGGCGGCGAGGGCCCUCGGCUGGGCGAAGGGGAGCUGCUUCUGGAGGUGCAGGGGAUCCGGGUGUCCGGCUUGCCCCGCUAUGAUGUGCUGGGAGUCAUCGACAGCUGCAAGGAGGCCGUCACCUUCAAAGCCGUCAGACAAGGUAAGACGGGACGCGCCUCCGGGAGGCGCCCGCAAAACGGGUAGAGGCCUGCGGAGU